AUGCAGUCCCGUCUGCUGGUCAGGUCGCGCAAAGUACUGUUACUCCUCGUAAGAUCAUUCCUGUUGAUGAAUAUAUUCAAGCGACUGAUGUCGUCGACCCCAGCCUCCGGCAAGCUCAACCCUCGCAACUUCCCCAGGCCACCACUCUGCGAGCGGACACCCCGGCACCUCGAGAUCAAAUGGGGAGGUCAAACGAUAGCUGAAACGAAGGAAGCCUACUGGGUCCUCGAAACGUAUCAUCCGCCGACAUACUACCUCCCUCCGUCAUCCCUCAAGAUCCCACUCUCGAAGAACAGCCACGGCUCGUACUGUGAAUGGAAGGGUCGGGCAUCAUACUACGACGCAACGAACCCGAGCACAAGUGAAGUGGUGAAGAACCGUAUCUGGUCGUACGAUGAUCCGACGGGUGGCUUUCAAGAGAUCAAGGAUUACUUGAGCUUCUAUGCCGGGCCUUGGGACUGCUAUGUAGACGGCGAGCUGGUUAUACCGCAGCCGGGAGACUUUUAUGGUGGAUGGACAAGUUCAGAUGUCGAUACAAGCCAUGUGAAAGGGGCGCCGGGGACGCGGCAUUGGUAG